AUGUCCUCCUCGUCUACUUCCGGGGUAGCUGAUAUCCCCAGAGUUCGUCGUAGCUCCCGACCUUCCCCAGCUAAGAAAGCCUCCCAAAUGAUCAAAUUGCCUGCCGACUCCGGUCGUUCUGUCCGACGCCAUGAUGAAGACUCUGAUACCGACACCUCAGUUUAUCAAGCACCUACAAAACGCAAGCGCGAUGAUCCUGCAACGGAUGAAGCUUCUUCCGAUCACUCAAAAGCUUCACGACCUCACCGCAAGCUCAAAAACCCACGGAAAUCAACCUCGGGACAACAGUCAAAGAGUUCUCAGAAGUCGAGUUGCUCUCAACAAGCCCAAGGAAGUCAAAUGGAUGCAGGUACUAAUGGUAGUCAGGCCGUCACCCUCAAGAUCAACUUAGUGCAAGACUCCAAUGAGGAAAAUGAAAAAGUUGCGAAGAAACCGAAGAAAGAACAACAUUACGAUAACAUCCGUGAUUACUUCGAUGAAAUGGAAACAUACAUCAAUGUAAGUUUCCUUUUGUUUCCUUUAUAUCUCUUUGUUGAUUGUUUCUUCUAUUUCAUCUCUUCAUAG